AUGUCUGGAAAACAAUUGCAAACGUUUUUAUAUUUUGCUUACGGGAGCAACUUGUUGGGACAGAGAAUCCUUUUGCAAAAUCCAACGGCCGUACGAAGAGGAAUCGGAAAAUUAAACGAUCACAGAUUGGAUUUUAAUUAUUAUUCGAAAAGGUGGGGAGGUUGUUCGGCGACGGUCGUGCCGCACGUCGGAAAACACGUUUGGGGAGCCGUUUGGGAAAUCGAUAAGUCUCAAAUGGAUAAUUUGGACAAGCAAGAGGGAGUCGAUGCUAAAAUAUACGAAGCCGUUCAAGUCGACGUCGUGUCGGGGGGUCACGAUAAUAACGAAAUACUCGAUUGCAGAGUUUACAAGCUACUGGAUCAACCCGAUCCGUACGAAACGGCGAGCAAACUUCCGGAAAGCAGAAGACCCUCGAGAGUUUAUCUCGAAACGAUACUCCAGGGAGCUAUCGAAUCGAAACUACCAAACGAUUAUUUCGAUUUUUUGAAAUGUUUUCCACACAACGGAUUUUCCGGUCCGGUCGAAGUCCCCGGUUUGAACAUAACGUUCACAGAAAAAUGGGGAUGA